CACGGGGAAUGCGACGGGCAUGGGAGGAGACAGCAGACGUGAAUUCCGCAUCACCUCCGACGCGCGGCACGGACCAUCCUCCGUACAAAAGUCUCUCGAAAACGACCCAAAAAAGCUGAGUUUGGUUCAAGACCGAACUGUCAGACGUCCGAGUCGAACGAAUUUGGCGGUGCGUCUACAUAAACACAUCUCGCGAUGGCAGCCAAUGCAUUGAAGCCGCACUUCCCCGUCGGCAAGCGGCAAAUCUCAUUCCCCAAGUUCACAGUGACGAUGAUAAAAUCCGCUCUGCCUCCCAACUACGCACGCUUCAUCGUGCCGCUCUCCUUCAACAAGCUCGACCUCCGAGACUACCUGUUCCACGUGUACAAUGUGCGGACGCUGCACAUCCGCUCGGCCAUCAUCCAGGGCAAGGCAUUCAAGAACGAGCACCAGCGGCUGGUGCGCGGCCCUGCGACCAAAUACAUGACGGCGCAGUUGCUGGAGCCGUUCGUGUGGCCGGAGGAGCCGUGGGUCAAGCAAGGAAUCGCCGAGGAGGACUGGGACGGCUUCCAGAGAGGCAUGCAGGAAGCGAGCGAGGAGGCCGAGCGGGGCGACGAGACCGUCAUCAACUACGACCGGACGCUUAGACGCAUCAGAGACAAGAUGAAGCCCAAGAGGGAGCACAGGGAGAAGCUGGAGGAGCAGGCGAGGCGUCUGCUGAGCGGCGAAGAGAAGUGGCAGAGCACGAGCAUGGCCAUGGGGAGGGAGGAGUUCUGGAGCAGGAAGACGUCGAGCAAGGCGAGGUGAUGGCCACUCUUCUUUUGGUGACUUUUGCUCAACCUUUGUAACCGAUGGAACGCGCUGGCCGCGCAGGCCCAGUAUGAUUGACAGGACCUGGCGUUGGGCCGCCUUCUUGUUUUUCAUGUGUACAAUUAGCUAGCAUAGCGACGGAAUGGACCGCCGUUCAAAGGAUAUCUCUCUCUGUGCAUAUAUCAAGGCAAGCUUCCGGCCGCGCUACUCUGCAACGUUUCCGGGGAAACCUGUUAGCUGAAGAAUGUGGAAAUCUACUGUCG